AUGGCGGAUACCAGCGCACGCUCUUUGGCGCUUUCGCGAAGUAUGUAUUACCCCCUCAUCGCAUCCUGCCUUCUCUACUCGACGAUAAAUCAUCCUCGAAGCCAGAAGGCAGAUAUAUUACCACAACUUCAUGACAAUCCCCAUCUGUGAACGAUCAACUAACACCAAGAACCAGUAUUGGCGCAAUCCAGACCAUCUACCUUCGCACGCCAGGGACUCCCCGCAGAACUAAGCGAGAAAAUCCUCCGUUUCUGCCUCCCCAGCGUCGAAGUAGAUGAUCAGGGCCGCCAAACCAUCAAAGGAAACGACUACCCAGCCAGUCUCUCCCGACAAGCCCUCUGGGUCUUAUACCAGGUCUUCCAGCCCGUGAUGCUGGAGUCGGACCUGGCCCACUCCCUCGACACCAUCCUCGCUUUCGGUGUUCCUCUCAAGAUGGUUAGCAAGCCGUUAGCUUGGGCUGCGCUCGUCGUAGAUUUCUGGCAUGGCCCUAUAUUUGACCAGGAGUAUAGAGAGUAUGCGGUUACUACUGCGGAGUUUCUUCCGGGUGUUGUCUCGAUGGUUAAUGGGUGUAAUUAUGCGAGGCCGCUUGGUGUGCCGUUGAGAGUCCCUGGAGCGGUGUGUAUGGCUAAUAUCUACUGCGUCGCCUUUGAUUUUCGGAUCGAUGAUGUUUCGAGAGGUCGGCCUGGAUAUGUGAACAAGCUUUUUGAUGGGAUCAAGGUAGUUUAUCCAAAGACUGACAGUUUCUCUGGCCUGAAAUUGAUGCUUCUAUUGAGAAAGAGCAAAUGCUAACUCAAUGCAUUCCCCACAGGGUCUCCGCUCGCUUACGAACUCAGAAAACCCUCCAAAAAGACUCCAAAUCAACUUCAGCGGCAUCAACGCCCUAGACGAACAAAAAAUCUCAUCCAUCAACCCCCUCAUCCAACCCCCCCGCCUCACAACCUCAGAAUCCACCCUCUCAGCCAAAACCGCAAUGGACAAAGCCUCUUCCCUCCUCCAAACUCAAGACUACGCUUCAUCCAUGAUGUGGCUCAGUCUCGCAGCCAACACGACCGGCUACCACGUUGGACACCUCAAAGUAUCACCCGAUCCCUUCCCCCUCCAGGUUCCGAUCGCGCAUGAUCUUCUGAUCAAGCUUUCAUUGAGUUCUCCAAGGCGGCGCGGGGGAUGGGGAAGAUGUUUUUGGCGUGCCGGAUGUUGGAGCGGGGACGGUAUGUGGCGAAUCGGAUGUUGGAUGGUCAGAGGGUGCCGGAUGAGGAGAAGAUGAGGGUGGUUGUGGAGCUGGUGUAUGACUUUCCUAGUAUUCAGGUGGUGGAGAAUUAUCGUGAGGCGUUUGGUUUGCAUCGUCUGAUUGUGAAGUUUCCUAGUGAGUUGCUUUCUAGUAUUAUUUCCCCUUUUAACUAUGCAUUGGAAGAUCCUAUGAAUCCCAAUAUUUUCAUUUUCCCCUUUUCAGAAACAUCAAGCUGACAGCAAUCCCAAAACAGACGACGAACACCCCAAAGAACUUAAGAGAGACCUCAUCGAGAUGCCCAUCAACAGAGCCUCCGCCAUGAUCGACCGAGGCUCCUACGAAAGCCUCGAAACCGCACGCAUGCUCCUGAGCCCCCUUCCAGCAUACAGACGCGACAACGACGACAAACCGACACUCAAACGCCAAAAAUGGUGCCGCACCAAAUACCGCACCCAAUACCUCAAGCUCUUCCCGCACGUCAUAACCGAACUGAUGGCCGGUGCAGACCCAAAAGCAGGCUAUCUAAAGUGCAUCUCCGUCAUCGAGGCGGGAUUGAGAAAAUUCCGCGGUCAUGGCGAGGUGAAGCGAUAUGCCAUUCGACAGGGUUGGAGGGUAUGUUUUGAUCUCUUGGUUGAGCGGACGAGUCGGGAGUACGCGGAUGAUUUGGUGGCUAGUGAGGAGAGAUUACCAAACGCGUUGAUUACGAAACCUUUUCCUAGGACGUACUUGUCGAGUUUUGAGAUGGCAAUUGAGGAGGUUCAGGAGACGGCUAGGGGGAAGGUGCCGGCGAUGAGGAAGAAGGAGAUGAGGUCUUUGAAGCGUGAGGCGGAUGGGGAGUUGGAGGGUGGUUGGGUUAAGUUUAUGAAGCCUUUUGCUUGA